AUGGGUGCUAACAUUCUCCCCGUUUCUGUGCUGGGGUGGGCUCGCAUGAAGGAGAAUUGGUCGCAAUUUUUCAUGAUUGCAGUUCUCUUGGCUUGCAUAACUAUUGGCAGCGUCAGUAUCAUCUGGUCAUCUGGCAAAAGAAUUAUUAAAUAUUAUAAGAUGAAGCAAGCCCCGGAUGUAGUGUCUUUGACUGUUUCUCAAAGAAUCAACAGGUUGGCUGGUCGAGAAUUGAAAUUGAUCCCCCGCUUGAGCAAAGUCAAGCCAACUUCAUUUGGUACAUAUCUAGGAAGCUUUACUGAGCCUCCAACUCCAUCACAAAAACUACUGCUCGGGCAAUGGGAUAUUCUCGUUGUGGAUCCACUUCAAGUUGGAGUUUCUAGGGCUCUUUUCAGCUGCCAGCACAGCCAGGUCCUGGGUAGAAUUAAUCUUGAACACUUGGUCGCUUCAAAUAAGUCACCUAUCGCAGUCAUUGACGCGGUUGAGGACGUGAUCAACAACAGCUUCAAUGGUUCCGCAUUUUCUGGCAUCCUCUUCGCCAGUUGGGAGGAUAUGCUUUCUCCGAACACUCAUGAAUUGCUGUUUCAAACUAUCCAAAGCCUUGGUCUUGAUGUCUUCCUGGAAGUGGCACCACCAAAAUUCUUGAAAAAUAGAAAGGCUCUGCAAAGCGAGGCUGUGUCUGGCUUGGUGAUUCGAAAUGCAAGUAUUAUGCCUAAUGGCGAGAAGCGCGACUAUUUUCAGAUGAUCGACAUGCAUUCCACGAUCAAAGCUUUCGUCUCAGAAGCCUGUAUGAGAGACUUUGUUGUCCUAGCUUGGGAAACCGUUGAUGACGAUGUCACUCUCUCAAACGCCGUCAUUCGAAGAGCUCUUUCGUGGUGCAACUUUUACAGUGCCAUUCCUUGGAUUGGUUCGGAAUCCUCCUUAACAAAUGCCGAUUUGAAUGGUCCAACGAUCGAGCCUCUAUCCGCUUUUGGAUGGUUGAAGGAAUCCAAUGUCAUGAAAGCUCACGAUGUCUGGCGCACGAACCUGAAAAUUGCACCAGCUCCUGGAUCUCAGUCAGGGUGGGAUAAACUACGAUCACAUUUCCCGGCAAUCAAUGCUUUACUCGAAUCGGAUGAAGUCUUGACAGAUUUUUCUAAAAUCCCAGAAAUGCGCCUCCGCGAUCCUCCAGAAUGGGUUCCUCAAAUGAAGACUGCGGGAAAUCCGUUGUCUGUAUCUAUGGCCGGUCAAGAAUACAACAAUCUCGGCUGUUUCCCCUUGGGAUCAGACCCUUCAUUAUUGGCAUUCGCUGAGCUUCUACAGUGUCAGCAGCGCCUCAAAUCUCUUUCACUCCUCCACCCCGUUCCUUCAGAGCAGAUCAAGAAUAUUGGUGUACUUCUCCAAAGUUUCCAAGAGACUCUGGGCAUGUCCUCCUUCAUUGGAAAUGAGCUUGCCCCUGCUAUAAAGGAGCUUGCUGAUCUAGCAACAAAUGAACAGCUACGUGUGCACCUUGUGCUGGACUCUGGUUUAAGCAAGAGUACAGACAUGCGCUUUUGGGCUGUUUACCAAAUGGAGGAGGAUGGAACCGAUAUCUUCGUUUCCAAGAACGCCAAAGGUCUCGUCGGCACGGUGCUGCACACCUUCCUAUCUGGAAAAGGAUUCCCUCGUCAUGAAUGUUUCGAGGCAGAAUUUGCGUUGGCCAGCUGGUCUCAAGACCUUGCGCCAGAUACCGGCCUCCCUCGCCGAUUCAUCCAGGAUAUUGAUGUUCUCAGCCCAGAAGAACGACUUCUUCUAUUCCAGCACCUUUCACUUACCGACUCCCAAAGCGACAUAUCACAGAAGAUUUGCAUGUACAUCCGCAAGCAGCUCAUUGAUGCACCAUCCUUUAUCCAACUAAAGGAACUCAACACUGUCGGCUACCUAGAACAGACUACCUCUUUCAUGGAGUUGGUCAAGAGUCGCAUUGAUUGGUACGAAGGCCAAGGAUGCAGGCAUCCCUCAACUGCCGCUUCUUUGACACUUUUCCGCCAGGUUGACGAAGUCUAUUCUCAAGUCUGCAGAGAGCACCGGGAGUCUGAUCUCGCGGAUAUCACAGCAGGACUCUGUGAGCUGGUUAAAGAGGGCCAUAUGAAUGCCUAUGUUGAUAUGAUUACCCUGUCUAUUUUCUGUGCAGCCAGAAAGGGUGCUUUCGAUGAGAUCUACGCAGAGGUUACCGACCGAAACCCUUUGUUCAACAGCUUCACUGAUCAAGCCGCCGCAUUCGCUGAAUCAUUUGCCCUUGGAUCGCGGUGCGAGGCUUACUUUGACAUGCCACCCAGUAUUUUCGGCAAAAUUCUCUCUGGUCGAUUCCGAAAGCACUACAACGUACAUCAGCCACCAAACUGGAUUAAUGGUGGUCAGAUGGCGACUUCCUAUGCUGGUGCUCAAAUUGAUGUCAAUCCCGAUGACAAGGUCAAACCCAUGCGUAGCUAUCAACGUUUCACCUUCAUGAGUGUCUUUGCUAUUCCUGCUCUGAUCGAUAUCAUUCUUUUAACAAUCAUUGGCCGCGGCUUAUACCUGUCUUCCCAAAUGACAAGCGACGAAUUGAACAGUGCGACAAUAGCAUUGAUGAUUUCUCUGUUGCUUUCAGGUGCCAUUGGCACAUGGAUUGCAGUUGGUGGUCCAUAUUAUCUUAUUUCUAUGGCCUUCGCUGCAGCAAACAUGUUCGUUCUCAUCCGUCUCAUUGCUGGUAUUGCCUUCACUGUGGCUGGAGGCUUGAUUGGAUUUGUCGCUAUCUCUGCUGUCAGAUCUCCUCAAGCUGGUAUAAUUUUCUACCUAUACCUGAUCGCAUUAACCAUUUACUUCUCCGCCUUUGCUGCUCUCGCAAGUUUCAGUUACCCCGGAACAGCAUUCCUGUCAGGUCGCAAAGCCAUCAUUUACUCAAUUCCGAUCCUGUUCAUUUCGCCUAUUAUCACCACCUUCUCCGGCCACGAUUCUGCUAUCUACCUUGCUGUCAUCUACAUUUUCAUCGCUGUGCUUCUAUUUUUUCUGCGCUCUGUCCUCUCAAAAUGGGUAACCUGGUACCAGGCGAUCAGACGUACAGACGACACUGAGAUCCGUAAAUGGUACCUCUCCACUUAUGGAAACAAUGAUGAAAAGGUCUUUGCUAAUAUGAGCGACCCUGCUGCUGCUAAACUGGGUCGAGAGGCUUUGUAUGCUGAUGUCAUGGCUGAGAAGAAUCGCGGUUAUUUCUCCAAAGAGACAUCCGACAAGAUGGUCAGGGAGCUGGCUCGUGAUUGGGAUUCGACAAAUUUCUUGCUAGACUGGUACUGCCGAUAUGCCGAUGUUCCAAGGCCGAUCCCCUACAGCUCUGGCUGGAACAUCCAGACAAAGGUUGGGCUUGAUGUUUUGAAAAAUAACCAGAAGGGUCUCAAGCUGCACAACUCUUUCAUUCACUGGCGCGAGUCCAACAGGGAGAUUGGAUGUGGCAUUCUCUAUUUCAUUCUUGCACUUCUCGAUAAAUGGGCCCAGAUGCUCAGUGGAGAUAGGGUGAUCGAUUUAUUGGGCUCUUUCUCUUCUGAUGCCAACCGCAUGGCUGUUGGAUUUGCCCUUGUAUACUACCUCAUUGGAUCCGUGCUCAUUGAUACCAAAGCUCAAGAACUUCACCAAUCCAUCGGUGGAAAAGAGCCCACUGCAGUGAAGAAAGCCAGCGAAAUCCGCAAUUCUCUCAAAGAGCAUGUACAGUUUCGACGAAAGGUUUACUGGAGGACUCUGGGCAGAUUCCUUUUAUGGCACGUUUGGAGUCUUGCACUUUCUACAGCUCUCUUCUGGAUGUUCCAGGGGUCAAUUGAUGGCAUGGGUGUCUUCUUCUCCUAUAUUCUCUCUUACACUGGUCUGAUUUGGUACCAAUACACCAAAAUAUUCACCGGCCCCCAUGCAUUAAAGCCGCUCCUUGUCGGUAUUUGCAUUGGACUGCCUCUGGGAAUUGCCCUUAAAGCCUGUCUCCCGGAAUUCAUUUACUCGGCUGUGAUUGGUCUUGGAACUGCAACAUGGAUCGUUGCCAUUCUUUCAUUCAUGAACUCGAAGAUGAGCAUGCCAUCCAAGGUACCGAGCCCGGUUGAACUGGGCAAGACCUUCCAUGCCUUCACUACACCCUGGGAAGACCCCGAAUGGUCCCAACAGGAGCUGCAAUCCUUUUAUGAAAAUCUCGCAAUAGUUCCGGUCGAGUCUCGAUUCAAGCUCGACCCUACUGCUCACCCUGGACUCCAGGUUGAGGCCAUUCUCCGCAACCACCGACAACAGUUCCGUGUCCAAGAAGCAUUCCCCAACUCCAAUGACAUUGUUGAUCUGGCAAUAUCUUCCUGGAAAAAGGGUGACGUUUAUGUUGAGCUUCUGCCCCAUGGAUCCAUGGGCCCAGGAAUUCGGGCACUGAGUUGCAGCGAGGAUGGCAAGCUCAGACUGGCUAUUGGUAUCAGAAACCUGCAAAAUUACGAUUUCGAUGUAUCUGUCAACUGCCAGAUUAUCGCGGAGUCCCUCCUCCACUCUGUCGCGGAGAUGAUGAUGGGUAUUCCCCAUGAAUAUGCCGCUCUGACCGAAACAAUUGUUUCUGGCGGAGUUUCCUACACCAUAGCUCGCCAACUCCGCGAGGAGCCCAACACAACUCGUGUGGUGCGAUGGGCCAAGAAAGAGCUUCUUCGUCAGCUCUGCUUAGGAUUUGAAGCCGAUAUCCAUUGGGAUAAGCUACCCGAUGGAGUCCGAAAUGUGCUUAUUAACCGCUGUCUCGGACAUUCUUGUAGUCUACCCGAGGAUCAGCGUCAGUGGCUACAGAAAAAGCUGUGCCAGUUCGACACUGAUAGUCUCGACACCCAUGUCUCGCGAUGCAAUCUUGGUGCUGCCACAGCAAUCAGUAUUCUCGAAUACUCCCUUGACGGAACUGGUGAAUGCCCCGUUCCCAAGGAGCGUGAGACUGCAGACUCCAUCCCGUAUAAUCCUCAGAAAUUGCCCAAAAUGUUCGCUGUGUUCCGAUAUCCACUCAGCUACUGCUAUCACACACUGGGCACAAUUGUCAAAUUCAUUGUUAUUGCCUUGGUUGCCGAUCCUGAAUUCCAGAGAGAAUUUAAUCAUGUCUCUGAGCGUUUGCCGACAGUACUUCGUUUGAUGUUCAGGUACAUACUCAAUGCGCUCUGGAUCUACGGCAAAUUCAUGCAGGACUGGGGUCUUUCCUUUUUCCUGUUUUACGGCCGCAAGAACGUCAAGCGGCUGUGGGAUGAGACCAAGGGCAUGACAAUCCACAUCAAGAAGAGCAGAGUUCACAUUCAAAGUCUUGCGGGAACAUUCACAGCCUUCCGUCAUUCUGAAAGUGAUGGUAGUUUCAAGAUUUACCAAUACACCGGUGAACACAAGGACGAACCAGAGGAGACCAAGAAGCUCAUUUCUAUUAGCACUUACUCUCGCGAAAUGCUGCUUCACGUUAAGGAGGAGUACAAGGAUGGAAAGGUUCUUAACGAGUACCACUACGAUUACCGUGCGCCAAAGAAGGGUUUCAAGCUAGGCAAGGCUACCUCUGCACGAAUUCCCCUUGGACGACGUUGCGUACAGGGUGUGAAUCAUCUCCAGAGUGUACAGUAUAACCAAAAAGGUCUCAUCGAGGCUGGUUCUUACAUGAAAGAUGGCAAUAUCGUUCGCUUCCAGUACCGCUAUCGCAAGAACCCCCGGUUCGGCGAUGAGCUUCUCCGAGCCGAGUUCGUAAUGAGCCAUAUCAGCUGCACUGUUUCUUGGUGUGCGCCUCCACGCCGGCGUCCUGAGAAGGUUGAUCGAUGGAUUCCGCAUUCUAAGAUUACCGAGGCUACCUUUGUACAAGGUGCUGAUGUCUUUGAAAGUCGCUGGUCUUAUGAUCACAAGUUCCAUCCCACCAUUUUUACCACUGUCAAUGGAAGAAAAAUCCAAACACCCCCUAUGAUCGAGCACGAUUACUUGGGUGUUCUUUCUAAGCCAAAGAACACAAGCUUUGUAUACGACAACCCAUUCUUCUACCUCGACAGUCUUGAUACGAAUCCUAUCUCUCGGUACCUUGGACUGACUAAGAAGCGCUUCCCUGUCUCCACGUCUCACGCUCGCUCCCUUUUGUGGAAGGCUUGGAAAGAACGUGUAGACUUCGACGGUAUUAUUGUUCGCUGGAUGGAUGAUUUGAUUCUACGCAGAGAUCACGUUCUGGCUCCCUACUGGCGCCAUCGUGACUGGGGUAACCUGAGCUUUGCCAAGAAGUACAUGGACCUUCGCGCCGAUGCAAUUAUGGCCAGUGCCGACCUCGACGAUAACAUUUCUAGUUGGACACCAUUGGCUGUUAAGAUCAGUGAUCUGUUCAACUUUGGUCCUGGAGGUGACGCCGUCGUUACCACCCGUUCUAAGGAUAUUUCUUCUGAUACCGACAAGACUCUGCAUGUCAUGGCCGCUGACAAUGGAACCUGGCCCAACGAAGGUGGUGGUGUCUCUGCCUGUCGACGAGACAUGAUCAAUUCUCUGAACAGUAUCAAAUGGCACAUGAUCUGCGAGUCUGCAAAUGACUUUGGUGUUCCUAAGCAUCAGACAGAGCAGAACGUCCAGUCUCUCAAGGUCAUCCCGCUCUGGGGUAUGGAUUUCCUCACACCCACCCAUGGUCUGUUCUCGAACAAACUAGAUUCGGAGGUGGAAAACGUUACCUCAGCUAGCGAUUUUGACAUCAAGAUGAACUUUAUUCCUAUCUUGACGGCAUUGGUGAAGGGCGCACGAACCGUUGAUCUUUCAAAGGCAGACAUCCAGCAAGCUACUCGAGCCUUGGUAAACCUGAAUACCUACUUCCAGGAAUCUCGUCACUGGGGUCAAGUCUGGAGCAGCGAGAUAGUGAAGUCGAGUUGGCGCGAUCUGUGGCUUACCCAGGAGAUGCCAAAUACUAUUCCUUCAUCGGAGUGGUUCGACACUGAGCUACCCACGCUGGAAUCUAUGGACAUCGCCAUGGAGCUGUGGUACCGCUACCUCUUCAUCUUCUCGAUUCCAGUGCCUGACAAGAUCCCGAGCAUCUUCCAAGCUUCUCAUCACAGUGUCAGUGCUUCAUACGGCGUAGUCUGUAAAAUGAAGAGAAAUGUCACUCUGCAAAUUUGGGACCACGCCAUCGCUUGGCGAGAAACUAACCUGUGUCUCUCAUCUGCCCUUUGCAAACUCUCGCCAUUCGUCCGCAAUUGCCUUCUGGGUCUGAUGCGAAUUACCUCCGUUCUGACUCUUCACCACGCGGAUGUCCUGCUUCCUUGUGCCGAUUUCUUCAACCCAGGCUGGGAAGUCGAAAUCGGUACCUGCCAGGGCACAAUUGAGCACCGCAACACUUUCCGCCGCAAGAUCGACCCCGUCGUCAACGGUAUCACCGACAUGCAGAAGUUCUCCCCCGUCAAGGAGAUUAAAUCAAAGAAACCCACUGUGACCAUGCUUUCCCACGUCUGGUACGCCAAAGACAUCAAGAUCGCCCUGCUCGCCGCCGAUAUCAUCAUCAACCAAUGGAAGUUCGACGAAUACCACCUAGACAUCUAUGGUGCCAUCGACAAAGCCCCGACUUACUCCACCGAAUGUCAGGAAAUCAUUGCAUCCAAGGGUCUACGCGGCAGAGUGACUCUGUGCGGAACCGCCGACCCCAUGAAAGUGCUAGAAAACACCUGGCUCUUCCUGAACUCAUCACUAUCGGAGGGUCUGCCCCUCGCCCUAGGUGAAGCAGCUCUAACCGGCGCACCGGUCGUCUGUACUGACGUCGGUGCUUCCCUCCGCGUGCUUAGUGACCCAGACGACUUCUCGCGCUUCAGCGCAGUGGUGGCACCAAACGAUGCUCUCGCUCUGGCAAAGGCACAAAUCUCCAUGCUCGGUAUGAUCGGCGAAUGGGCUGAGUACUGCGGCGACACAACUCCAGCCCCAGUCCUCACUUCCGCGCCCACUGCCGACGAAGUAGCCGCCAUCACUCGCCGUAUGUAUGAGAAGAGUGACCAACGCCGCGAACUUGGCAUGAAGACUCGUCAGAUUGUUCAAAAGUCCUUCAGCGGUGAUCGCUACCUACGGGAGCACGAGCAAAUGCUGUGGAUCGGCAAGUCGAUCAAGAUGAUGGCGAGCCGAGCCGCUGGCGAAGAGCUCGAUCCGAUGGAGAUCGAACAAGCAAUCGAAAUGACCGCGACAAUCGAUGAGGAGAUCAUCACUAUCCCCCGCAGCGCUGUCCACUCAUGGCGCUCAUCUGCUGCCUCUGCCAUGUCGACAUUGUACAGCAAUACUUCAGCCUACCACCCCCUCCAGAAACACGGCCACCAAAGGGCUGGUUCCAGCGUCUCUGCCCUGACGCUGAACAGCGACUUCGACGAGUCCACUGCUCGUCUCCCUGUGUUUGCGCCUCGCAGCUCUAUGCUUUCGUAUCUGUCAAAUGGAGGUGCUAGUCCUGGUAGCAAAUCACCGGGGCUUGGGCCCACGCUCGCGCCACCUGGUACGCCAUUGCAUGGACAGCGUCGGUCGCGAUCUCGUUCACGAACGUACUCUUAUGCACGCUCAAUUUCCACUGCUGGUCGCGAACAGCUGCGCGGUCUAGUGCGCGACGAGGAGGAUGAUACGAUGCAGUACCGGAAUUCUGACGUUAGCACUAUUAUGCGAGAAGACUUCUUGCGAUCGGGUAUUCUUUGGAGCGACUAG